CCACAGAGAUUGCGUGCGCGAAAAGGCACGCAUGCGCAAACGCAUCUGGGCGGAGGGAACGAAUCGAGAACUCCGUACACUGCAGCAGGACUGGACUCCGAAAGAGACGAUGGUUAAAGACUACUACCAUAUCCUCGGCAUCGGCAAGGAUGCCAGCAAGAACGACGUCGUGGAGGCCUACCGGAAGCUCGCCUGCAAGUACCAUCCAGACAUUAACAAGUCUCCGGAGGCCGCAGGGAAGUUCAAGGAGAUUGACGAGGCGUUCGAGGUGCUGAGCGACAAAAAGAAGCGAGACUUCUACGACCGCAUCGGCAGUAGAACCGACACUGCAGGAGCAACCGAGCGACACCAAGAGCCGACCAUUUAUUACGACGUGCCCGUGUCACUCGAGGAAGUGUACAACGGUUGCACAAAGAAAAUUAAAAUCACGAGAACGGUGACGGGCCCAGACGGUCAGACGCCGAAGCCGGAGAGCAAGUUGUUCGAUAUCAAAGUGAAGCCCGGAUGGAAAGAAGGCACCAAGGUCAGGUUCCAUGGCGAAGGUGACCAGCUUCCCAACACCAUCCCCGCCGACGUCGUGUUCAUCAUACGCGACAAGCCGCACCCGUACUUCAAGAGGGAUGGAGCGGAUGUCCUCUACGUCGCAAAGAUCACUUUCAAGGAGGCUCUGCGCGGGACAACGCUGGAAGUGCCCACCCUCACUCACGGCACGAUAUCUGUGCCGCUGACGGAUAUUGUGAAGCCCACCACCGUCAAGCGCAUCCCGGGACAGGGCCUGCGUCGCUCUGACGACACCAGCACGCGAGGCGACCUGCUCCUGAGUUUCGACAUCCAGUAUCCAUGCAAGAUGACGGACACUGCUCUGCGAAUACUCUGGGACACAUUGGAUCCCCUCGUCUGAGAAAUGUUGAUGCGGGCAGAACUUCUUGCUUAACUCCAACUUGUCCACUGAGAGUUUUAGCGGAUGUACACAUUCAAGUCUCUUUGAUCCAUUCCGCAACCCGUUAGCGACGUUUUCAAGCGAAUAAAUUUGCGUACAAUGACAACAUUUGUGAUAUUUCAUGCUCGUGUCACUGAUCGAAAACAUAAUCUGAGUCGACCAAAUAUUAAGGCGUUAGCCUUUCUUGGCUUGUUACUCAGUUUUGCGGCGUUGGCGCCGUCCGCAGUGGUGCGCCGAUCCCGGAGAUUGUGCAGUCUGCAGUUCCUGUCGACUCUUCAGUAAAUCUCUUUGGUUCAACUUCGAUAAUUACCAGUGGAUAUGUUCCCCAAGGGCCACUUUGCAUGCGCCGCUUUCAGUGAACCUCCUUGACGCCAACUUGGGUCCCAGUGUUAUCUGAAUAUAUGUUCACACUGGCGCCAUGCGUGAAUCGAUCGACUUUUACUCGCGAAAUAAUAAA